AUGAGUUUUUCGUUCAAGAAGGCGCUGAAGCUGACCGGGAUGGAGCAGGGCGACGACAGUACGGCGGCAGAGGAGCGGCCGCGAUACGGAACGUAUAUUGCCAUCAAUGAGUACUCCAAGCGGAUGGAGGACGAGUUGGAUAUGAAACCAGGGGACAAGAUAGAGGUGAUUACGGACGACCAAGAGUACAACGACGGGUGGUACUUUGGGCGCAAUUUGCGGACAGGGGAGGAGGGUCUGUAUCCGAAGCUGUUUACGCAGGAGUUGUCAGUGGAGCGCACCCCAUCGCUGAUGCGCGCAAAGUCCACGCGGCGCGCGCACAGCCCGAUGUCGAGCGCGCCCGCGAGCCGGAACGACUCCAAUAGCGAGCUUCCGGGACACAUGGUGGAGACGGCGGCUACGAUAAGGUUUCCGCCGAAGCUGCCAGGCGAGGGCCGUGCUAUAUCUGUCAAGAGCACGAUGAGCGACAUUGAUAAGGCGUUGGAAGAGCUGCGCGGCGAAUCUAUGGGGGCGCUUCACUUUGCAGAUGAUGUCUCCGAAGUAUCUAAGCCCCCGACAAGUGGCAAUACGACUUUGAACUAUGCAAAUUCAUCCUUCCCGACCUCCAACGACACGUCGACUUCUAAUAAUGGGCAUCCCGAUGAGCAGGAAUUGAACCCAGCCGAUGCCGAGCUAUGGACUCCUGAACAGGUAACCGCUUAUCUUCUAUCUACAGGUUUUGACGAAGAGUCAUCGAAUAAAUUCCAGGAGCAUAAAAUAUCCGGCGCAAUCCUCCUGGAGCUGGAGCUUGCGCAUUUGAAAGAACUAGAAAUAAAUUCAUUCGGCACACGCUUUGAAAUAUUUAAAGAAAUUGAGGCUAUCAAGGAAACAGUGGCAAAGGCAUCUACUUCGCAAACGAAAGCAAAUGGCGAAGGGCAAAAGACGGGCGGCCAACUCAUGCCAGCGGCUCCAGUUAGCCAGGAUCAUGCCUUAGCAGGCCAAAAUUUAAGACAGAAUAUAAAGGAUGCAGCCUCCUUAGGGAAAGCAGUCCCUCAACAGGUGCUCUACCAGGCGCCGAGUUCUCCGGAAUUGGCUAUUUAUUCUGGGACGCCAACAGAUGACACAUUCAUGUCUCCCCGGAAGGCACCUGAGCCACCAUCUUAUCCCUCGCCGGUGCAGCCUCCCAAAUCUCCGUCAGUUACACUGUUAAGGCAUAUAUCCAACUCUUCUUCGCUUUUGCAGAAUCAAGCCAGGAAUCAGCACAUUACCAUUUACGAACACGGCCCACAAACCCUAAACUCACCAGCUUCUUACACUUCCUCGAGAAAGCAAUCUAUCCCACAGGUAUUUAUGCAGCCUGCUGUGGACGAACAGCCUGAUGGCCCAGACCUUGGAAAUCCUUACAGUAAUCCUGGCAUAUCUCCGAUGCAGCGUACUUUUGAAAGGGCCAUUCCGGAAGAGAGUAUAAGAGCGAGACAUAAGAAGACAAAAUCGGGUGGCUCGUUUGUGGAGUUGUUCAAUCGAAUUUCCAUGCUUUCCUCUCCAAACGAUUACGAAGGGCUAGGUGCACAAGACAGUCUGGCCGUUCCAGCUCCCACUGGAAGGCCGUCUUCGAGUAUCUAUGGACAUUCAAGGAAUGUAUCUGCGAGUACCAAUAAACGAGCCAGCAUUGCUGGUGAGUUUGAACACAAGCAUAGGAGGAACUCCUCAAUUUUGUCAUUCCUAAAUCGAGAAAAGGAUGUCGUGGCUCCGCAAGCGAAACCUGAACUUGUAAAGCAUGGGUCCCUAUCGAGUCUAAGGAUAGAUACUACCAGGAAUGCCCAUAUAGAUGAUGCAAAUCCCGUUAUUGCCACUCAACAGACACCUGCCAGUCGUCUAUCAGAGUUCUAUUCGCCUGGUAGAGUUUCACAGGACGUCGCACAAACCGCAGAUGGAUCUUCCGACAUAGACUUCCGUGCAUCAAGCGAAAGAAGAUCUACUGGGCUUAAGGAACCGCGGUCCCCUAUUGGCGCAUUUUUUGAUGCGAGGGAUGACCUUUCUAGCAAUAAUUCUGCCACUGCGAUAGAUAAAAACGCCAAGAAUUCUUCCAAAAGAACGCUGGGUGAUGCCGUCAAGGGUAAAAGACGUGGUAAUAAUGUCAAACCUAUAUCUAAGAAACAGACAUCUGCAUUCAUGGAAGGUAUACGGAACGUUACAGUAAAUGACGCUGUGCAGGAUGCUGCGUGCUCGGGUUGGAUGAGUAAGAAGGGAGCAGGUACCAUGGGCGUAUGGAAGAACAGGUUUUUUGUUUUACAUGGUACUCGGUUAUCGUAUUUUGCUAAUACCACAGAUAAUAGAGAGCGUGGGCUGAUAGACAUUACUUCCCAUAGAGUUCUCCCAGCAAAAGAGGAUGAUAAAUUUGUUGCCUUGUACGCGGCCAGUAUUGGGCGGGGCAGGUAUUGCUUCAAGUUAGUGCCUCCUGCUCCUGGCUCAAAGAAAGGGUUGACAUUUACGCAACCAAGGGUCCAUUAUUUUGCUGUAGAAACAAGAGAAGAGAUGAGAACAUGGAUGGCAGCAUUAAUGAAAGCUACAAUAGACAUUGAUACUUCUGUUCCUGUUAUCAGUUCAUGCGCAACACCUACAGUUUCCCUUUCCCGUGCACAGGAGAUGUUUGCUCAAGCAAUGGAAGAGACCUCAAAAAGGGAUGAAAUGCUCAACCAGGCCGAUUCUGCGGAGGUUUAUUGGGAUCAACAUCACCGUAAUGGCGGUGAGGAAACCUUAAAUGUUUCGAAGUCUAUGACUUCCAUACCCCUUCAAGCACAGAAUUCUUUAAUAAAGUCGGCUGUUCAUAGUCAAGCCACUGCUAUUCCAGACUCACCCGCCUCAAAUGCCACCAAAAGUUCAAACUAUGGAUUUAGUUUUGAGAACCCGAAUGCGAAUGGCAAUGCUAACGAGUACUAUGGCCUAGAUCCGAAAUAUAUGGGUGAGAAGAUUUGA